AUGGGAGAUGGACGCCGCCUCUCCUCACGGGAUGCGCUGCUCCGGUGUGAGACGAGCAUAAAGGGAGGCAGGACUCUGCUGCAGAUCACACAGGGUCGUCUCUGCUCUGCCCCAGGGGACCCACUUUUUGAAAAUGACAAACCACAGAAGCAGGUAACGGGUUAUCUCCUGUUCUCCCUCGGCACCGCUGUCAUCGGCUCUCUGCAGUUUGGUUACAACACCGGAGUCAUCAACGCUCCGGAGCAGAAACUCCGAUCCUUCUUCAACGAUACCUGGGUGGAGCGUUAUGGCGUGCCCAUCACCCCAGGGGUCUGCACCAUCGUCUGGAGCGUCUCCGUCGCCAUCUUCAGUGUGGGCGGCAUGGUGGGCUCCUUCAGCGUGGGCGUCAUGGCAAACCGAUUUGGCAGGCGUCGCUCCAUGUUCCUGGUGAACUGCCUGGCGGUGAUCGGCGGCCUCCUCAUGGGCUUCUCCACCAUCUGCUCCUCCUAUGAGAUGGUGAUCGCCGGUCGCCUGGUCAUCGGGCUGUUCUGCGGUCUCUUCACCGGCCUGACCCCCAUGUACGUGGGCGAGGUGUCACCCACGCCCCUCCGUGGGGCCUUCGGCACCCUCCACCAGCUCGGUGUGGUGAUCGGCAUCCUGAUUGCUCAGGUCUUUGGUCUGGAGGCUCUGCUGGGCUCGGCCAAGCUGUGGCCCCUGCUGCUGUCCCUCACUGUGGCCCCGGCUGUGCUGCAGUGCAUCCUGCUGCCCUUCUGUCCAGAGAGCCCUCGCUUCCUCCUCAUCAACCUGAAACAGGAGGAGAAGGCACGCAAAGCGCUGGUGCGUCUGCGUGGCAGCGAGGAUGUGAGUAAAGACAUGCAGGAGAUGAAGGAGGAGAGCGCUAAGAUGGCCAUGGAGAAGAAGGUGACCAUCUUCGAGCUCUUCCGCUCGCCGGCGUACCGACAGCCCCUCCUCAUCGCCGUCAUGCUGCAGCUCUCCCAGCAGCUGUCAGGGAUCAACGCUGUGUUCUACUACUCGACAGGCAUCUUUGAGUCGGCCGGUGUGAAGCAGCCCAUCUACGCCACCAUCGGAGCCGGCAUCGUCAACGUCAUCUUCACCGUCGUUUCCCUCUUCCUGGUGGAGAAGGCCGGACGAAGGACUCUGCACCUCCUGGGAUUGGGUGGAAUGGCCAUCAGCGCUCUGCUCAUGACCAUCUCCCUCCUGCUGAAACACAUUCCCGUUAUGAGCUACAUGGCCAUCAUCGCCGUCAUGCUUUUCGUGGCUAUGUUUGAGCUGGGCCCCGGUCCCAUCCCAUGGUUCAUUGUGGCCGAGCUCUUCUCUCAGGGGCCACGCCCGGCCGCCAUGGCUGUGGCCGGCUGCUGCAACUGGACGGCCAACUUCCUGGUUGGGAUGAGCUUCCCCAAACUGGUGGAGUGGUGCGGGCCUUGGGUCUUCCUCAUCUUCACGGCCUUCCUCGUCCUCUUUUUCAUCUUCACCUUCAUCAAAGUCCCGGAGACAAGGGGCAAGACCUUCGACGAGAUCGCCCAAUGCUUCGGGAGCCCUCCUCCCAACUCCUCCGUCGAGGACCCUCCCGCCAGCGCCAGCACCGCCACCACGCUCCCCGCCUCUCCGGUGAAGGAGAAGGUCCCGUUGGUGGAGGCGGUGGUGGAGGCAGCAGCUCCGCCUUCCGCCACCGAGAGCACGCCGCUUCAAGAUAAAUCAAAAUCCACGGCGCAGGAGAGAGUAGAGCAGCUGUAG